AUGAUGAACGGUAAAGAAAAGCGAUUGGCCUUCCAGCGGGCAUCCUCUGCCAGCAGCCCGAAUUCCUCUCAACCAUCAACAACGAAACUUCCACCCAUAGAUGAGCUGCUGCUGUUCCUCAUGCACCUGUCAGUGGGCCUACAUCUGAGGGAUCUAGCAGAACGGUUUGGCAUUCACCGCACCACAGUCAGCAGAACUAUUUCCACCUGGACACACUUCCUCUACCAACUGCUUGGAAGCAAACGUCUGUGGAUCCCACGCGAAGUUGUCAAAGCUCACCUUCCACCAGAGUUUUCAGCUUUCCCUGACACACAAGUGGUGCUUGACUGCACUCAAGUAUUCUGCCAGACUCCAUCAUCUCUCCUGCUGCAGAGUGAGGUGUUUUCUGCAUACAAGUCGCAUGCUACAUUCAAGGCCAUGAUCGGCAUGGCACCACAUGGUGCCAUUACAUUUGUGUCUGGCCUGUCUGCAGGAUCUAUGAGUGACCGGGAGAUCUUCAAGCUGUCUGGCAUCGUGAGCCUGCUCACACCAGACAUGGCGAUAAUGGUCGACAAAGGGUUCCUUGUGGACAAUCUGGUUGAGUGUAAAGGCCCAGAUACACCGCAUACUCUUUAG